AUGAAGUAUCAGAUGUAUACGAAAUAUAAAAUUCAUGAACAUACUUACAAAGUUGGUAAUUUAGUAAAGGUUCAAAUUGAUAAAAUUAACUGUGUUCCUAAAGAUCGUUUUGCACUUCUUUGCAAAGUACAUAAAGUAUUUUUUAGAAAUAUGUAUCGUCUUAUAAGCCAAUUUGGUAUUUUUGAUAAAGUAUUUUUAGCUAGUGUGGUUUUACCACUUGGGCCAAAAGAAUUUUCAGAGCUAGAUAAUCCUCCAAUUAAUAUGACCAUUA